UUGUACAGCAAUUGUAAUGCCCAUUUUCGUACAAAAUUGCCCAUCUUCGUACAGGCGCGAAAAAUGACCUACCUCGUACAACGGGUCAGUUUUGAACAAAACAAGGUUAUCACGUUACAAUGUAGUGAGAACCAGGCUCUGGUAUUUUUUCUUACAAAAUGCAUUUGUUAAUAAACACAAGUUCUAUAAGCAAAACAAUUUUACAUUAAAAAAAAAGAUUAUGGAAAGUUUUUUUGCGGGUUGUAUAGGAGGUGGUGUUGGUAUAGCCGUUGGGCAUCCCUUCGAUACAGUAAAAGUUAGGCUACAAACUCAAAAAAUUGGUCUGACGUCAAAUAUUCAAUACAAAGGAAUAGUUGAUUGUGUAGUAAAAAUUAUACAAAAGGAAGGCGUGACAGGAUUUUACAAAGGUUUAACACCUCCACUUGUUGGUUUGUCCAUCCAAAAUGCUUUCUUGUUUGGAGUGCAACACAAUAUCAUCAAGUAUUUCGGAUCAGAUUUAGUUAGUCAAUUUAAAGCAGGGUGCAUAACAGGCGCAAUACAAUCUAUACUUUCAAACACGAUUGAACUUGCUAAAAUACAACUGCAAGUUCAAGGUGUUGGACAGAAAGUGAAAUCACGAAGAGAAUUAAAAUUGAAAGGUACUUUUAGUGUGUUUAGUCAUCUCUACAAAACGGAUGGUAUUCGAGGUUGUUUUCGUGGAAAUUGGGCUACAUUUAUAAGAGAUUGUCCCGGCUAUGGAGCUUAUUUCUAUAUGUACGCUUAUUUUUGUCAUCUUCUUACCCCAAUUAACGGAAAUACAAAUGAAGUCAAAGCACAUCAGCUGCUGCUGGCAGGUGGUCUAACUGGAGCCUUAUCAUGGGUAAUAAUACUUCCGGUUGAUGUCAUUAAAUCUAAAAUACAAGCGGAGGGCUUUCUCCCGCAUGGAAGGUACAAGAAUUAUAUGGACUGUAUACGUACAUGUUAUCGUAGCGAAGGUAUUCAAGGUUUUACAAGGGGUUUACUACCCACUGUCGUGAGGGCGUUUCCUGUCAAUGCUGCCACUUUUGGUACUGUCAGUAUAUUGUUAAGGUUUAUGAAUAAGGGGUCACCACAUGAAACAAAGUAAUAGUUUGGAAGUCAAAUUAAAUGUAAUUAUCACCUUUUAUGUUUCAAUUGCUUUUAUUUCUUUAUUUCACAUUAAGAACAGAAACUUUCGCGUUUUUCGCCUUUUUUUGCGAAAGCUUUAGCCUAUAGAAAUUUCAAAACAGCAAAACGCAAAAGUUUGUUUUCGUUAUUUGCGAAAAU